CCGUCAUAGGAUCGCGGUUUCGAUUCCCAGACGAGGCUCCGGCAGGGGAUAGUGGCGAAUUCUGCUGUACUCUUCCACCACAACUUUCUCUUACUUCCUGUUUCUGUUGUACUGCAUUUCUAAAGGCCAGCCUUGUCACGCUGAAUAUCCACGAGAACUACGUUAAGGGUACACGUGUCUGUGGAGUGCUCAGCCACUUGCACAUUAAUUUCACGAGCAGGCUGUUCCGUUGAUUGGAUCAACUGGAAACCUCGACGUCGUAGUGCCAACAACAAAGAAUCAAAUAAUACCGAAACAUUUCUUAUGGCACCAGCAGACAAAAUUGAAAAGGCGUUGCUCCGAAGGAUAGCGAGUGAGAUGGAAGAAUACCGUACAACUAGCUAAGUAAUAAAUUACUAAACAACACAACCAGACUGAGUUUAAUCAACAACCAAGAAUAACCGAUUGUUCUACGUUAUACAUAUAAAUAAAUGCAUACAUACAUAGUCAAACGGAUGUGACGUUGAGAACUAUAAUUGUGAAACAAGUUCAGUUUGAAAUCAAACGUCACUUAUUCAGCAUGUGUCUCGCUCACCUUAUUAAACCUAUUUAGUAGUAAAUAGGUGCCGUAUGUUUUAUUCUGCUAUUAAUGCUCAAACUUAUUUUUUUUAGCAAUAUUUGAUUUCUAACUUUAUAUAAUAUUACAUUUUUUUCAUCGUCUACAUUUUGUCUGAAUAUAAAGCACGUUAUUCUAAUUAUGGAUUACAGUGAUUCGAAUCCAACCGAUGGGAUCCAUAAGAAAUGUUCUAACUUUCCACAAGAAGGUUCUACCAGUAAUUCCGCGGAGCAGUUCAGUAAAAAUUACUCAAAGUACCAUUUUACAGUAGAGUGUGGCACUAACUCCACCAAACCUGGCCUGGCUCUUAUUGUCUACAACUGUUUAUAUUCUCAAACUAUAGCUCCACGAAGGAAUUCUCAAAGAGAUGCGGAAGACCUGAAAGAAGCUCUGACGUAUUUAAACUUUACAGUUAUUUUCCGUAAGGAUCAAAGUGUAGCAGAGAUGAAAGAUCUAAUAAGUAGUCUGUCGACGCGUAGUAAUGAUUAUAGCUGUUUUGUAUGCGCAAUAUUAACUUAUAGCGAAAACGAUGACCACAUAUACGGCACGGAUGAUUUCGUCAGUUUUGAUUCUCUGUUGAAUGAACUAAUUAAAAAAGAAAAUUCGACUCUCGCUGCAAAACCAAAAUUCUUCAUCGUUGAUACUAGUCCUGUUGUAAAAGUUAACGUCCAACAUGAUGGAUUAUUCCCGUCUAAAGAGAAAUCGAUUAAUUAUACGAGGAUUCCGUUAUGGGCAAAUCUGUUGAUUGUUUCUUCCGGGUUUUGUUCGGAGUCUCGUACAAAGGACAGAUCUUGUUUUAUUCAAACGCUAUGUUCGGUGUUGAAAGAAUAUGGUCUAAAAAUUGAACUACAUCAACUUAUGACUCAACUCAAUGUCCAGCUUAGCAACAUACAUAAUCAGAAUAACCAUUCUGGACAACUUGCCUCUGUAAGUUCGACUAUGACCAAAGAAUUACGUUUCAAAGCGCAUAAAGAAGAAAAGAAGCAGUAACCACAAUGGUCCGUGUUACUGAUGUUUUUAAUGUUGAAGUAUUUUACGAGUCGGAACACUUAAUAAUAUAUAUCAUAUAUUAAUAUUUUAUUAUUGGACCCAUUCAACAAAAUAUUUGGUUAAUUGGAAACUGAACCACAAUACAUUUGUUAAUUAGAUUUGCUAUCCAACUUAUUUAAAUUUUAUUGUUUGUGCUAGUUUAAUGUAUUCUGAAUAUCAUUGGAUUAUACGUUGGUGCUAAAACAUCUACACGGUAGAUUAAAUAUAUUUGCAAUAUAAUUCUGUUACAUUCAUUUUUGGGCAGAGACGGACUAUAUGUAAUCUGAACCC